AGGCCUUGACUGAGCCCAUAAAUUCUAAGCCCACCAAAACAUCGGCCCAAGCCCACUCUAAAAUAUAACGAGCUUUAAGAACACUCUCAAAAGGUUGCCAAGUGGAAAUCAAAACUCACCAGAAGCUUCUCUCUUCCUCACUGUCCCCUCUCUCUCUAACGUUACUCUUCCCACUCUGAGUGUCUGAGCGUUUUGGCUCCCACUUCAAAAACCCAAAUUCCCACUGAUCGAUUAAGCAAAGAAGAUCCAAAAAUGCCGUUAAGAAUCAUACACGCCCUAACAUUCCUAUACUUUGCUACCUCAUUUACCUUUGCCCACUUCUCUUCCUCCACUUCUUCUUCCUCAUCACCAGCGUUGUCGGAAUGGAGAUCGGCAAGAGCAACCUACUACGCAGCUCUAGAUCCUCGGGACACGGUAGGGGGUGCGUGCGGGUACGGAGAUCUGGUGAAGAAAGGGUAUGGGCAAGCCACGGUAGGUCUGAGCAGCGUUCUUUUCGAGAAGGGUCAGAUCUGCGGUGCCUGUUUCGAGAUCAGAUGUGUUGAUGAUCUUAAGUAUUGUAUCCCCGGAACCUCCAUCAUCGUCACCGCCACCAACUUCUGUGCUCCCAACUAUGGCCUUACAGCCGAUGCCGGUGGCCGCUGCAACCCUCCGAAUCGCCAUUUUGUUCUUCCCAUAGAAGCUUUUGAGAAGAUCGCCAUUUGGAAGGCAUCCAACAUGCCCGUUCAGUAUCGCAGGAUCAAAUGCAGAAAGGAAGGCGGAAUUCGAUUUACAAUUGACGGCUCUGGUUAUUUCUACUCAGUCUUGAUCAGCAAUGUUGCAGGUGCUGGAGAUGUAAUGGCUGUGAAGAUUAAGGGAUCACAAACAGGGUGGCUGCAGAUGGGUAGGAAUUGGGGCCAAAACUGGCACAUUAAUGCUGAUCUAAAGAAUCAACCCCUCUCAUUCGAGGUCACCGCAAGUGAUGGAACCACAGUUACAUCUUACAGUGUCGCACCCAAGGACUGGAAUCUCGGGCAGACCUUUGAAGGGAAACAAUUCCAACAAUAGGAACACUUAACAAAAGCAAAAAGGACACGGAAAGGAAACCGAUUCUACUUAUUUUGUUUUCUCUCAAAUAGAGGGGAAACAAGGGGUUGAUUAUGGAUUCUAACAGUGAUUCUGCAUCAAGCUUUGCUCUUUUGAUACAGAGAAGUAGAUGGGGAUCGGAGGGAAAUGGUGAUUUGAGGUUGGUCUGAAGGAGAAUUCAGCAAUGCUUGAGUGGAAGAGCUUGGGCAAUGCCAUGGAAGUGAAUUUUGGGAUAAAAUCCAUUUUUAUGAGUUAGCUCACUAUCUAGAUGGUUAAGGAAAUUUUUGUAUCAUUUAUACAUAAGUUAUCUUGGAAAUGGGAAGAAAUGCUUUGCAGAGUUGCAAGUUCUUCUGUUUUGCA